UAUUAAUUUCGUAGAAAAAUAAGCCAAAAACGAAACACAUGGUAGUAUGGGAAAGGUAAACAUGGCAGCUUCAGUAAAUGGUAACUUAAAUGAUGUUCGUUCAAAAGUUAGGUUAGAGGAAUUUGGAGUAUCUCAUACAUCAAGCUCUGACUUCCCUGGAGCAUAUCGUGAUUACAAUGAUGAAUGGGACUUCAAUAAAUUUAAAAAGAAUUUUAAAAUUGAAGUUGUGAAACUAAAUAAAAAUGAUAUGGAAUUUGAUAUGGUUGGAAUUGAUGCUUCACUAGCUAAUGCAUUUAGGAGGAUUCUGAUAGCAGAGGUGGCCAGCAUGGCGAUCGAGAAAGUAUUUGUUUUCAAUAACACAUCAAUUAUACAGGAUGAGGUUUUAGCACACCGUCUUGGUUUGAUUCCAAUUUUCGCUGACCCAAGAUGUUUUAGUUUUCCACCUGAAGUAACAGAAGCAGCAAAACAAAGUGAGGAGGAACAACUUGCGACGAAUGCAGAGUAUCAUAUAGUAUUUGAACUAAAAGUAAAAUGUACACACAAUCCGAAAGCACCUCCUGAUGCUGUGGACCCAGAUGUUUUGUACCUCAAUAAUAAAGUAACAACGAAUCACAUGAAGUGGAUACCCAUUGGAAAUCAGGCGGAACAAUUUGGCACAAAUGGUAUUCGACCAGUUCUUGAUGACAUUCUAAUUGCAAAAUUGAGACCUGGCCAGGAGUUGGAUUUGAGGAUGCACUGCGUUAAAGGUGUUGGUUCCGAUCACGCGAAGUUUAGUCCUGUCGCGACAGCAUCUUAUCGACUGCUACCUGAAAUAACGCUACUUCAACCCAUCACUGGUGAAUUAACCGACAGACUUGUAAAAUGCUUCCCGAAAGGGGUGAUCAAAAUUGUUAAAGAAAAUGGAGUUAAAAAAGCUGUAGUGGUAAACGCAAGAAAGGAUACUGGAAUGAGAGAAAUAUUUCGCGACGAGAAAUUAAAAUCAAUGGUAAAGUUAGAAAAAAGACGUGAUCAUUUUAUUUUUUCUGUGGAAUCGACUGGUGCUUUACCUCCAGAACUGCUAGUGGAAGAAGCUAUAAAUAUUUUGCAUGCGAAAUGUCAGAUAUAUUUACAGCAAAUGCGGAAUGUAUAAAUAUGAUGUCGACAAUGUAAAUAAAAUGACAUCGAACUUGUUCUAAUCCGUCUUGUAGACGUUGCUUUCAAUUCAAGUUGAACUUUAAAUUUAAUUUGUUGAAUUCAUGUUCAGGAUGGCUAAGCGGAAAUCUGUUAUGACGAGCAAGAUAGAAGUAGAAGCUGAACAACAUACGCAAGAACUAAUUCGUUGUAAACUGACCAGAUGUGUUUUUUAAAUUGACUGUGUAAAAAUGUUACAAUGAACAAGACACAGCAUCAAA